GCUAGCUAGUUUUUGAAAGAUCAAAACGACCAAGUGAUCAUGGCAGCCCUGAAGUCCCUUGUCUCUGUCAGCUCUCAAGUUGCAGUACUGCUCGUCCUGCUCAUGGCACUUGCUGUGCAGACCCAGACAGCUCAGGCGCAGACCUGUGCGGCUUCGCUCAACAACCUUAACGUGUGCACACCCUUUGUCCUGCCAGGUGCCGCCAACACCAGUCCUAGUCCUGCGUGCUGUGGUGCACUCCAAGCAGUUCCGAAUGACUGCCUCUGCAGCACUCUCCGGAUCGUUGCGCGGCUUCCCGCUCAAUGCAAUCUCCCUUCCCGCUCUUCAUGUGGUAAUUCUAGCUGCUGCCAAUUCAAUUCUUUCCAUGCUGUUUGA